UGGGAGGGCGGCGGCUGAUUUACAUCCUCCAGGUCGAGGGGAAAACCCAGGAAGCGCAGCCCAGGCACUAAUCAAAUCUCAGGCUAAUAAUAAACCCCCUGAGUAAUGAGAGGCCUGGGCCAGAGCGGGCGAGGGCCGGAGCCGCGGGCGCCGGAGGCACACUAACCGUGUCUACAGGUUGCCAGCCAGCUGCGGAGUGAGGAGGAAGGAGCCUUUGCAGACCUGGCCUUGGCCUCCCUCAGGCUGCACAGGGCCUGUGGCCGGGAGUGGCCAUGGGGCUUUGCCCCGAAGAGCAGUACUGGGACGACCUGCUGAGCAGCUGCGUCUCCUGCAAGCCGGCCUGCGGCCAUCGGAGCCAGCGCACCUGCGCAGCCUUCUGCAAGUCACUCAGCUGCCGCAAGGAGCAAGGCAAAUACUAUGACCAUCUCCUGAGAGACUGCAUCAGCUGCAUCUCCAUCUGUGGGCAGCACCCCAAGCAGUGUGCACAUUUCUGUGAGAACAAGCUCCGAAGCCGGGGGAACCUCCCGCGAGAGGUGUGGAGACAGCAGGCUGGAGAGGCGGACACCGGGUCUGAUAACUUGGGAUGGUACCAGGGAUCGGAGGGCAGAGGCUCAGAGACAGGUCCAGCCCCGCUAGGACCAAAGCUGAGCAGCGACCAGCUGGCCCUGGUCUACUGCACGCUGGGGCUGUGUCUCUGCGCCAUCAUCUGCUGCUUCCUGGUGGCGGUGGCCUGCUUCCUCAAGAGAAGGGGUGACGCGCUGUCCAGCCUGCCGCCCACAGGCCGGUGCAGAGCCCGGGACAAGUCCUUGCACGACCCUGCGGCGGAAGCUGGUGGCGCUGCGGGCGCGGCGCCCGAGCCGGUGGAGACGUGCAGCUUCUGCUUCCCGGAGCGCAGGGCGCCCACCCAGGAGAGCGCGGGCGG